CAGCAGGUGCAGAAGAAGAAGAGGAGGAAAUGACGGCCGCGUCUGUCUAAUGUUGUGUCCGGCACGUGACGACGUCUCUGCCACUUUAUCGGCCGUCGCAUAACACCGCUCGCUCACCAGAUGCGUCCUCCACAAUGAUGCCGCCGCCUCGCCGCCACACCGUGUCUGACGCCGCAGUCAUCUUCCUGGUGCUGUGCCACCUGCGCUGCCUGGCAUGCUGGUCGGAGGAUGGCGCGACAGGCGUCCCCGCCGAGUGGGUCCUGUUGCACGUGGUCCAGGGCCAGGUGGGCGCGGGCAACUACAGCUACCUGCGACUCAACCACGAUGGUGCCAUCGUGUUGCACGUGCACAGCGUGACGGGCGACGCAGACCUUUACGUGUCGGACGCCACGCUGAGGCCCAGCUUUGAUGCCUACAAGCUGCAGUCGGCCACUUGUGGACGUGACGCCGUGGCCGUGCCCGCCGAGUUUGCCCGACCGGUGGGCAUCGCCGUCUACGGGCACCCGUCUCAUCGUCGCAGCGACUUCGAGAUGAGGGUCUACUAUGACCGCGGCGCCGGCACCUAUGACCCAUUCGGUGCUGAGGAGGCCCAGAAAACGGAGGCGGCCGCGACAGAGGACAAACACUUCGAUGAGGACGACUCAGUGUUCUGGACCAAUCUCAUCAGACUUCUGGAAAUCAUUCUGGAAAUCCUCUUUUGAAUCUAAUCACAAGUUUUUCGUGCACUAGCGCCCAAAUUUGCCCUUUUGAGCGUCAGUCACUAUAGCUGAAACAGCUCUUCAAUUUGAGACACCAAAACACAAACCGUACACAAAACACACUCUCACAAAAAAUACACACACACACAAAGCAUAUACAAACAAAAUACACUAAACACACACACAAAAGACUUAGAAAGCUCUUGAAAAUGUGUUUCUUUCUACAACCCCAAUUCCAAUGAAGUUGGGACGUUGUGUUAAACAAAUAAAAACAGAAUACAAUGAUUUGCAAAUCAUGUUCAACCUAUAUUUAAUUGGAUACACUAUUAUUUAAUGUUCAAACUGACAAACUUUGUUUUAAGCAAAUAAUCAUUAACUUAGAAUUUUAUGGCUGCUACAUGUUCCAAAAAAGCCGGGACAAGUGGCAAAAAAGACUCAAAGUUGAGGAAUGUUCAUCAAACACCUGUUUGGAACAUCCCACAGAUGAACAGGCUAAUUGGGAACCGGUGGGUGCCAUGAUUGGGUAUAAAAGGAACUUCCCUGAAUUGCUCAGUCAUUCACAAGCAAAGAUGGGGCGAGGAUCACCGCUUUGUGAACAAGUACGUGAGAAAAUAGUCGAACAGCUUAAGGACAAUGUUCCUCAACGUACAUUUGCAAGGAAUUUAGGGAUUUCAUCAUCUGCAGUCCAUAAUAUCAUCAAAAGGUUCAGAGAAUCUGGAGAAAUCACUGCAUGUUAGCGGCAAGGCCGAAAACCAACGUUGAAUGCCUGUGACCUUCAAUCCCUCAGGCAUCCUUUACACAUCAAUGUGUAAAGGAUAUCACCACUCUCAUGAAUACUUCAGAAAACCAAUGUCAGUAAAUACAGUUCGGCGCUACAUCCGUAAGUGCAACUUGAAACUCUACUAUGCAAAGCAAAAGCCAUUAAUCAACAACACCCAGAAACGCCACCGGCUUCUCUAGGCCAGAGUUCAUCUAAGAUGGACUGAUGCAAAGCAGUAAAGUGUUCUGUGGUCCGACGAGUCCACAUUUCAAAUUGUUUUUAGAAAUUGUGGAUGUCGUGUCCUCCAGGCCAAAGAAGAAAAGAACCAUCUGGACUGUUAUGGACGCGAAGUUCAAAAGCCAGCAUAUGUGAUGGUAUGGGGCUGUUUUAGUGCCAAUGGCAUGGGAAACUUACACAUCUGUGAAGGCACCAUUAAUGCUGAAAGGUACAUACAGGUGUUGGAGAAACAUAUGCUGCCAUCCAAGGGACAUCUUUUUCAUGGACACCCCUGCUUAUUUCACCAAGACAAUGGCAAACCACAUUCUGCACGUGUUACAGCAGUGUGGCUUCAUAGUAAAAGAGUGCGGAUACUAGACUGGCCUGCCUGCAGUCCAGACUUGUCUCCCAUUGAAAAUGUGUGGCGCAUUAUGAAGCGUAAAAGCUGUACAUCAAGCAAGAAUGGGAAAUACCACCACCUACAAAGAUUCAACAAUUAGUGUCCUCAUUUCCCAAAUGUUUAUUGAAUGUUGUUAAAAGAAAAGGUGAUCUAACACAGUGGUAAAGAUGCCCCUGUCCCAGCUUUUUUGGAAUAUGUCGCAGCCAUAAAAUUCUAAGUUAAUGAUUAUUUGCGAAAAAAAAUAAAGUUUAUCAGUUUCUUCUCCCAACAAUAAUUUCACAAGGUAGGAAACAAACAUGAAUAAUAUUUAACACUUUAUUUCAAACGAUCGAUUCUACAAGUCCCAUCACUGAACUAUUUUUAGAACAAGUGCGUGAGAGGGCACCAUGUUAGGAAAGCAGUUUGAGCAAUUAAAGACGCAUUAGUAACGUUUUCUACUUCUGCCUUUAACUACUGCAUGACAUUUUUGCACACUAGUAGAACUAACUAGAUGUUACUCUACUGAGGUCAAACUGCACCAGUUGACAUCUGCACACUACUAGUAUUACUAAAGUGCUAGAUGUUAGUUUAAUUUUGUCACUAGUACGAUGUGGUCAAUAGUGCAUGCCUCACUCGUAAAGCAACUUUGGAGUACUAGCAGGACAAUUCCAUUAGUAGUGAGGCAUAACUGCACUACUAGUAUGACUAGUGAAGCCCUAGACGGUAACUGAGAACCUUUAUUAGUCCCAGAAUGUGGAACUAGUAGAAUUUUAUGUCACUAGUAGUCUUAGUAGCACUUAGCAACUACUGAACGGUUUUGCUAGUAACAUCAUUCUACUAGUGCGCAGAUACGUCAUGCAGUAGUGGAAAAAAAAAACAUCACUAUUAAGGUACUUCUAUGAUGUACUAGCACAGUCUUUGUCCUCGCUAGGAAGAUAUUUCAGGGCACUAGUAGGAAUAACUAGGGUGCACUUGUUGAACAAAUGCUA